CUUAAUAAAUAAACGAAACAGGUGGCAACCCUCAGCCAGAAAAGCCGCAUUUUUUACGUAAAACUUAUUUUUGGUAAAUGCAACAAGUUUUCUAAGCUUUUCCCUUCGACAAUACCUGCUAUUGGACCAGUAUCUUUCACGGAUCAGCAGGAGCACCAGCCAGAGAAUGAUCUACACCACAACACUACUGUCCGCGCGCGGCAGCCUCUUCGGUUCGCUGAUGAGCAAAGUCAGGCAAGUUGUAGCCAAGGAGCAGGCCUCCGGCUCCGCUCCUCCUCCACCCAAUGACACCGACAACAGACCACUCACACCCAACAGGCCUUUGGCAGCCGCCGGCAUCAGCCACAGUCCGGCGGUGCAGUCGAAAACGCUGGAGGAGCAGGUGGGCCUGCCGCCGAGGCCCAAGAAGCCGCUGACCCCCUACUUCCGCUUCAUGCGCGAGCAGCGUCCCAAGCUGGUGGCCGCCAAUCCGAAGAUCACCACCAUUGAGGUAGUGCGCCAGCUGUCCAAGAGCUGGUCGGAUGCGGACGCUAAGCUGAAGGAUCGCCUGCAGGCCGAGUACAAGAAGGACCAGGAAAUCUACAUAGAUCAACGCACCAAGUACGAUGCCAGGCUGACGGACGAUCAGCGGGCGGAGAUCAAGCAGCUCAAGCAGGACCUUGUCGAUGCCAAGGAGCGCCGGCAACUGCGCAAGCGAGUCAAGGAGCUGGGUCGACCGAAGAAGCCUGCCUCCGCCUUCCUACGCUUCAUUGCCAGCGAGCGCACUAACUCACCGCAGGACCCCAAGCAGACUUACCGCGACUGGCACCAGAAGACGACGGCCAAGUGGUCGCGUUUCACCGACUCCGAGAAGGAAUCCUACAUGCAGGAGUCGCGCAAGGAGUUGGAGAUCUACAGAAAAGCAAUUUCCGUCUGGGAGGAAAAGAUGAUACGCCUAGGCCACAUCGACGUUGUGCGUCAUGGCAAUCUAAUCGAUCCGCCAGAGCCCAAGAGCCGCAAGUCGCAUGUUGCCAAAGAGAAAUAGGGCUAUGUAGCUGCUUGGCACCAGCCCUCCGCCAUCACAUACAUAUAAUUCAUACUUCAUUUUGUUUUUUUCCGUUUCCCUCGCUCUCAUCGCAAAUUUGUUAAGGUUAGGCAUUAUAGAAUAAAUGCUCGCCCGCUUAAGUACAACUUA